AUGGCUUCAAUUCAUGCUCCAUCAGCAGAAGAUGUUAUGCAAAGACUGAGACCGUUUGGUCUGUUUUUCGAAAAAUCAUUGAAGGAUUUGAUUAAGGGCAUCAGAAGCGCUGGUGAGAAUCCAGAAGAUCUCCGUCAGGUCAUGAACAAAGCCUUGAGCGAAUGCCGAGAAGAGGUGAGCUCCCCGGAUCUGAAUUUAAAGACCAAUGCUGUGCUAAAACUGACAUACCUGGAGAUGUACGGCUACGACAUGUCUUGGGCAAAUUUCCACAUUCUAGAAGUAAUGAGCAGUAGCAAAUUGCAACACAAACGAGUCGGCUAUCUUGCUGCUUCACAAUCCUUUUAUAAAGAUCCAGAUAUCUUGAUGUUGGCCACAAAUUUGUUGAAGAAAGACCUCAAAUACGACGGAAACAACGACGUUUUAAAAAUGGCUGUCACGCUAAGCGGACUGUCCACUAUGGUGACUACCUCCUUGGCUAGCGAUAUAUGUGAUGAUUUGUUGACUAUGCUUGGAAGUUCAAAACCUUACAUCCGCAAGAAGGCCGUUGCGGCUCUUUUCAAGGUAUUUUUGCAAUACCCGGAAGCUUUACGUGACAAUUUCGAUAAGUUUGUUGCCAAGCUAGAAGACGAAGACCUAUCAGUUGUUUCGGCUACCGUUAGCGUUAUUUGUGAAGUUUCCAAAAAAAACCCCUAUCCAUUUAUCGCGUUGUCGCCUUUGCUCUAUGAAAUGCUAUUCACGAUCGAUAAUAACUGGAUCAUUAUACGACUACUCAAACUCUUCACUAAUCUCUCUCAAGUUGAACCAAAACUCAGGGCCAAGAUUCUUCCUAAGGUGUUAGAACUCAUGAAAGUGACGUCGGCCACUUCCGUCAUUUAUGAGUCUAUCAAUUGUAUUGUCAAGGGAAAGAUGCUACAGGAAGACGAUCAUGAUUCUGCCUUCAUCUGCUUACAAGAAUUGAACAAAUUUUGCAGCUCUCCUGACCCGAACCUCAGAUACAUCAGCGUGGUUCUUUUCUACCAAAUUGGCAAAAUUAACACCGAUUUCAUAACUGAGUUUAAUGUUUUGGUAAUUCGUUUGCUGAAAGAUGUGGAUAUAUCUAUCAGAAGCCGCGCAUUGGAAUUAUUAGAAGGUGCUACGGAUGAUGAGAAUAUUACAACAGUGGUACACAUCUUAAUCAAACAAUUUAUUGAUAAGGACGUCGUUUCUGCAACUAAUUUGUUCCGUCAGGCAGGCUCAGAUGGAGUAGAAAUUGAUAUUCCAUUGUCAUACAAGGUCAAAAUGGUGAGUACCAUCUUAAGAAUUUGCUCAAUUAACAACUACUCGAACAUUCCAGAUUUUGACUGGUACAUUGCGGUUUUAUCAGAUCUAUGUGUUAUAUCACAGGAUUUGAAUAACGAUACCAUUGGAUACCAAUUGGGGGAUGAAUUGAGAAACGUUAUGGUAAAAGUUCCGAGCAUGAGAAAAAAACUAAUCUCCAAUAUUGUUAGCCUCGUUUUAAGUCAAGACGUAAGCCAAAGUAUGCCUAUGGUUUUAAGAGAAUGCUACUGGUGCAUCGGGGAGUACUCCAAUCUCAUAGAUGAUGGAGACGACUUGAUAAAAAAGUCUAUCAAGCUCGAUCGAUUGCCACCAGACGUCCUACAAAUAAUGGCUCAAGCACUGCUCAAAGUCUUCAGUAGCUGGUGCAACAUGACAAAUCCUGCCCCAGUGCAAGAAAUUAAAAGCGUUCUUCAAGGGCUGUUGAGAUUCUACGAAUCUUUAAGCUCUUCGCAAUCAUUUGAGGUGCAAGAAAGGAGUGUCGAAUUUUUGGAGUUUUGUAAGCUUUGCGAUGAAUCUUUAGAACAGGGAGAUGAAGAAUUGCCACUAUUAAUUACUGACAUUCUUCCAAGUUUCUUCAACUCAUACAGUCUCAACCCAAUCCUGCAUGGCACCCAAAGAAAGCUCCAAGAUAGCUUGAUGCUAGAUUUGGAUACGCCUUUUUUAAGUGAAGAAGAUGUUGAAAAGUUGUUACAAGAAGAGUCCAGCAAAAACGAUUUAGACUCUCUUCUUGCAUCCGACUUGGAGUUGGAUUUAGAAUCGGAUAACGAACCUGGUCCAAAUGAUGACCGAAAAGGGUCUUCAGUUGGUGAUGUAGAAGAAGAGAUCACAUUCGAAGCUCGGAAAUCUUUGGAAGAAAAACGAAGGAAGGAGAGAUCGGAUAAUCCUUUCUACCUUGAAGCUGACGAUAGCGCAUUACAAAAGAAAGCGAGUCAGCUCAUCGAAUUUGAUGGCGAAGAAAAGCCAUCUGAUCUAAGAAACGUCGACACUUUUGAACUCUCAACUGCAGUUGUCAAGCGUGGCGAUUUAAAAAAGAAAAAGCAGAGCAAGAAGAAGAAAGCUCAGGUAUUGCUUGAAGAAGGUCUUCCAGAUUUAAUUAGCAGCCAUGCACUCGCAUCUAAUCAUCCUAGAACUGGCAGCUUUUCGUCCAGUAAAGAUUCUAGCACCAUCAAUCUAAAAAUGCAAACAAAACUGGAGAGUUUUGAUUUUCACACGCCUCAAAUAUCUCCUGACGCUACGAAAAACAUCGGCAUAGAGGAACAACAGGAGCUUGAGAAUUUGCGGGCCAAAUUUGCCGCAAAAUCCUCAGGAAACGAUCAGAACGCUGACGAUGAAGUGGUCAUUGUAAAGAAGAAGAAGUCGAAAUCAAAGUCGAAAUCUAAAAAGAAGGGUUCCAAGAAGCAUGCUAGCGAGCCGCAACUGCCACUACCAUAG